AUGGACAACAGAAAAGCAGAGAAUUCAGCAGAAAGACAAGACCCCGAGUCUAAUUCCAGUUCCAGCAGAUCCAAGAAAGGCAGUUGGAUCACCUUUCCGUUUAUCAUGGCUACCGUGGUGGGUACAUCACUUGCUUUUGGAGGACUGACUUCCAAUCUGAUUGUGUAUCUGAUUCAAGAAUUCAAUAUCAAAAGCAUCAGUGCUGCCGAAAUUUUUAAUGUGGUUAAUGGAUGCAUCACCAUAUUUCCCAUUGCUGGAGCCAUCAUAGCUGAUUCUUUUCUUGGAUGUUACUCUGUCAUCUGGAUUUCAUCUUUAAUCUCAUCCCUGGGCAUGUUGAUAAUAGUUAUGACAGCAGCACUCAAUAAAUUGAGACCUCCGCAAUGUGAAAAUGGAUCGAGUCUCUGCAUAAGCCCGUCAGGAGUUCAACUUGCAGUUCUUUAUAUCGGCUUAGCUCUAGCAUCUCUAGGGAUGGCAGGUUCACGAUUCACCAUUGGACCAAUGGGAGCAAAUCAAUUUGAUAAACCAAAGCAUCAAGAAAUUUUCUUUAAUUGGUACAUUUUCGCAAUGUACACAGCCACUGCUAUAAGCUUGACCGUCAUUGUAUAUAUUGAAAAUAGUGUGAGUUGGGCAUGGGGUUUUGGGAUUUCUGUUGCUGCAAAUAUAGUUGGAUUAGCACUAUUUUUAGUUGGCCGUGGUUUCUACCGCCAGCUAAAGCCACAAGGGAGCCCUUUUACUGGCUUGGCUCGCGUUGUUAUUGCAGCUACCAGGAAAAGGAAUUUGUUGCUCUCCCAAAACACUGAAGAUUAUUGCCAAGACCCGGAAACAACGACCUUUGUCAUGCCUACAAAAUUUUUCAAGUUCUUAAACCACGCAGCACUGAAAACUGAAGGAGACACCGAUCUAGAUGGCUCUAUAAAGAAACCGUGGAAGGUUUGUACAGUGAAAGAAGUAGAAGACUUCAAAAGCCUAAGUAAAAUGCUCCCAAUAUGGUCAACUGCUUUACUCGUUUCCCCCCCACUAGCCGUCCAACUGAGUAUGACAGUCAUCCAAGCUCUAGCAAUGGACCGUCAUGUAGGAGCUCAUUUCAAAACUCCAGCUGGUAGUGUUCAAGUCUUCAUAUUCCUAUCGACUUGCAUGACCAUUUUCUUUCUAGACCGAUUUCUAUUCCCCAUGUGGGAGAAGUUCAUGCACCGAGCCAUCACGCCUCUCCAGCGGGUUGGGAUUGGCCAUUUGUUCGAUGUUCUUAGCAUGGCCGUUUUAGCCCUGGUGGAGGCUAAGAGGCUAAAAUUGGCGCGAAUGCACCACCUGCAGGACCAGGAUAAUUCUGUGGUGCCCAUGUCAGUCUUCUGGCUUGUGCCAUCCUUUGCUCUUGCUGGUAUUGGAGAAGCAUUUCAUUUCCCUGGACAUAUUUUGUUUUAUUACCAAGAAUUUCCAGUAUCCUUAAAAAGUACAUCGACCGCAGUUGUUGCCUUGUCUAUCGGUAUUGGCUUUAACCUGGGCAACGGAUUGAUUAAUGCUGUUAAAAAGACAACAGAGUGGUUGCCUGAUAACAUAAACAGAGGUAGACUAGAUAAUGUGUACUGGCUGGUAACUAUCCUGGGAGGCCUCAACUUCUGUUAUUUUCUUCUAUGUUCCUCCAUGUACAAGUAUCAAAAUGUCGAAAAGGUAACUGAUGAUGCUGUAAAUGAACAAUGAGAAGAUGUAGUUUCCACCAUGCAUUGGCAUAUUCAUAGAAUAAGUUGAUGA